AUGGGAGAUAAUAUAGUGUUAUAUUAUUUUGAUGCAAGGGGUAAAGCUGAAUUGAUAAGAUUAAUUUUUGCCUACCUUGGAAUAGAAUAUACAGAUAAAAGAUUUGGAGUAAACGGUGAUGCUUUUGUUGAAUUUAAAAAUUUUAAAAAAGAAAAGGAUACUCCUUUUGAGCAAGUACCCAUAUUACAAAUUGGAGAUUUGAUAUUAGCUCAAAGCCAAGCUAUAGUUCGUUAUUUAUCAAAAAAAUAUAAUAUAUGUGGUGAAAGUGAAUUGAAUGAAUUUUAUGCAGAUAUGAUAUUUUGUGGUGUUCAGGAUAUUCAUUAUAAAUUUAAUAAUACCAAUUUAUUUAAACAAAAUGAAACAACUUUUUUAAAUGAGGAUUUACCAAAAUGGUCAGGUUAUUUUGAGAAACUUUUAAAAAAAAAUCAUACAAAUAAUAAUAAUGAUAAAUAUUAUUUUGUAGGUAAUAAUUUAACAUAUGCUGACCUAGCUGUUUUUAAUUUAUAUGAUGAUAUUGAAACAAAAUAUCCAAGUAGCUUGAAAAAUUUCCCUUUAUUAAAAGCUCAUAAUGAAUUUAUAAGUAACUUGCCUAAUAUCAAAAAUUAUAUAACUAAUAGAAAAGAAAGUGUAUACUAA